GAAAGUAGAAAAAUCAGCAAAGAAAUUUACCAGGCAUUUUCACGUAGGGUUCUAUGAAAAGUAUGAAUGGUUAACCGGCUGCAAAACUUUGAAGAAAUUGUUUUGCUGGCCUUGCCUACUUUUUAAUAUAGCCGAAAAAAUACAUUGGAACUCAGUCGGUAUUACAGACUUGAAUAAUUUUCACAAAAGUGUAAAACGACAUGUAAAUAGCAAAUCUCAUAUAAGUGCUACGAUUAAAGAAAAAACAUUCGGGACCUAUCGCAUUGAACAUAGUUUGGACAAUAAUUUAAAAAUAAGCAACAAAAUUCACAAUGAAAAAAAAUAGGGACGUCUUACAACGAUUAAUAGAUGUAACUUGUUUCCUGGGAGAGCAUGAACUAAGUUUUAGGGGUCACAAUGAAGCAAGUGGAUCCGCCAAUCGAGAAAAUUACAUGGACCUGCCAAGUUUUUUUAGCAAAAUACGAUGAUACCCUAAAAAAUCAUUUUAUUGAUUCGACGACUUUCCGAGGUAACUCAGACAGAAUCCAAAAUGAUUUAGUUAAAUGCACUGCCGACGUUGUGGUGGAACACAUUAUAAGUGAAAUUAAAAAAGCACCUUUGGUAUCAAUUGCGCUUGAUGAAACCACAGAUGUAGCAAACUUAAAUCAAUUAUCCAUUGUUGUGCGAUAUAUAUUGGACGGCAUUCCUCAGGAGCGAUUUUUAGGAUUUUUGGACGUCACUAACGAUCGAACUGCAGAUGCAUUGUUUAAAAUUGUUUGUGACAUUAUUUCAAGUUUAGAAUGUGGUUAUAAACUUCUUGCCCAGAGCUACGAUGGUGCUGCCGUAAUGGCUGUCCAUUUAGGAGGCCUUCAAGCUAAAGUGAAAGAGAGGUUUAACCAUGCAAUUUUCGUUCACUGA